AUGGCAGAAGUGCAGAAGAAGCUACAGGAGCUUUCGGAGAAAUACCAGAGCCUCCAGGCCGACCUCGGAACAAAGGUCGAAGCACGCCAAAAGCUCGAGUCGCAACAGCAGGAGAACAGCACCGUCAAGAAGGAAUUCGACAUAGUCGACGACGCCGCCAACAUCUACAAGCAGAUUGGGCCUGUGCUGCUGAAGCAGGAUAAGACAGAGGCCGUCAUGGCGGUCAAUGGGCGGCUCGACAAGGACAUUGAAAAGCAGAUCAAGGGCAUACAGGACAGCAGCGAGAAGAUCAAGGGCGAGAUUAUCCAGAUGCAGACGUCGGCACAGCAGGCGCAGGCAGCGGCGGGGGCGGCGGCGGCGGCGGCGGCGGCAUCCUAG